AUGCAAGUCUCCUGCUUUAACAAUCGUUUUCCUUUUCAACCCCAGUACUCCUUGCAUCAUCAUCAUGAUUCUUCUUUACAAGAAGCUAAUCCUGCAGUUGUGAGCUUUGAUAUGACCAAAGAAAAAAUUCGGAAACUAUUCACCAAUGUGGAACUUUCUGUUUCUUCAUAUGACACAGCGUGGGUGGCUAUGGUCCCUUCUCCAAACUCUCCUGAUUCCCCUUGUUUCCCUGAUUGCCUCAACUGGUUGAUGGAAAAUCAGCUUCGCGAUGGUUCAUGGGGAGGGGGUCUUCUUCAUCACCAUUCCUCAUUACCUAAAGAUACUCUUGCUUCAACUUUAGCAUGUGUUGUUGCAUUGAAACGGUGGAAUGCUGGAGAACACCAAAUUAACAAAGGUCUAUGUUUCAUCGAGUCAAAUUUUGCUUCAGCCACUGACAAGAAUCAACGUUCUCCAUUUGGUUUUGACAUCAUAUUUCCUGGUAUGUUUGAGUAUGCAAAGGACUUGAACAUACAAUUUUCUUUACAUCAAAAAGAUAUGAUGAGUGUGAUGCUAUACAAGAGAGAAUUGGAGCUCACAAGAUGUUAUUCACAGGGAAGGGAAGCUUAUUUGGCAUACAUUUCAGAAGGACUGGGAAAUUACUAUGAUUGGAAAAUGGUGAUGAAAUACCAGAUGAAGAAUGGGUCUGUUUUGAACUCGCCUUCAGCAACUGCAGCUCUUCUUAUUCAUCAUCAAAAUACUGGAUGUCUAAAUUAUCUAAGAUCUCUUAUCAGCAAGUUUGGGAAUGCAGAUCGAUUGGCUGAAAUUACCAAACAGCCUUUCGAUGACGUGUAUGCAGCGGCUCAAAUGUGUAACGCAUCACAGAUUAUGCAUCAAGAAGAGUUGGCUUUUGGGGAAGCGAAAGAUUUCCUUGACCAAACAAUAUUAAAUGCUUCAAUCUUUUCAGAGGUGGAGGAGGCGCUUAGGUUCCCCUUCAAUGCCAGUGUCGAACGCAUGUCUACUAGAAGAAACAUAGAGCAUUACAAUGUAGACACUACAAGAACUUUAAAAACUACAUUUCGUUCAUCAAACAUAAGCAACACGGAUUACCUAAGGUUGGCAGUGGAAGAUUUCAACGCAUGCCAAUCUAUUCAUCGUGUAGAAUUGGAAGGUCUUGAAAGGUGGGUGGUAGAGAAUAGACUCGACAAGCUCAAAUUUGUUAGACAGAGGGCAGCUUACUGUUACUUCUCUGUUGCUUCAACGCUUUCCACCCCUGAGCUAUCUGAUGCUCGUAUUUCAUGGACCAAAAGUAGCAUCCUCACUGGAGUAAUUGAUGACUUCUUUGAUGUUGGAGGCUCCAUGGAUGAGUUGGUGAACCUCAUUCGAUGGCAUGUAAAUGUUGACAACGAUUGUUGUUCAGAUGAGGUCCGCAUUAUAUUUUUAGCACUUAAGGAUGCGGUCAAGUGGAUUGGAGAAGAAGCUUAUAAACGCCAAAAUAGAAGCGUAACAAAUCAUAUUAUUGAAACUUGGUUGAAUUUGAUGCAAAGUAUGUUGAGGGAAGCAAUAUGGUCCAGAGAUAAAUCGGUUCCUACAAUGAACGAAUAUAUGGAAAAUGGUUAUGUAUCAGUUGCAUUAGGUCCGAUUGUACUUCCAGCUCUUUACUUUAUUGGGCCAAAAUUGCCAAAGGAUGUUGUUGAGAGCUCUGAAUAUUACAACUUGUUUAAGCUAAUGAGUACUCAGGGACGUAUUUUGAAUGAUAUCCAAAGCUAUAAGAGAGAACUAGAGGCGGGAAAACUGAAUGCUGUGACAUUGCACACGAGUGAUGAACAAGAGGCUGUAGAGGAGAUGAAGAAGAAGAUUAACGUCAAGAGGGAACAACUUCUGAAGUUAGUUGUGCAAGUAGAAGGAAGCAUUGUUCCAAGAGCUUGUAAGGAUGUAUUUUGGAGUACGAGCAAUGUGUUAAAUCUCUUUUAUGCUACAGAAGAUGGGUUCACUGGAAUUGGCAUAGUUGAUACUGUUAAGGAAGUAAUUUAUCAACCUGUAUCACCCACCCAAAAUUAUAUGUAA